GCCGUUGGAUUCGCAGCUCGUCAAGGCAUUACAUCGCCCCCUCUUCCUACUGAGAGUGAGGAUUGAAGCAAACUCUCCAUGGCAUUCAUCAAAUACUCUUUGUUGAAUUAAUCAGAUCUUCCCGUUUCUUGCUCCUCCCGAAUCUUAGGGUUUUACUAUUUUGUUCAAGCACUGCAGACAUCUCCGCAGCUUUCACCGUCCAAAAAAUGAAUCUCAACAUCUUCAAGAAGAAAACUUCUCCUAAAGAAGCUCUUCGAACAAGUAAAAGAGAAAUGGCGGUUGCCACAAGAGGCAUUGAACGCGAAAUCACGUCUUUACAAAUGGAGAAUCUCUUUGCUAUCUGCAAUCUUAAGGAGAGGAGAUUAGUGGCAGAGAUCAAGAAAACUGCUAAAACUGGAAAUGAGGCUGCAACUAAAAUCUUAGCUCGUCAAUUAGUUCGCCUUCGGCAGCAAAUAACAAAUUUGCAGGGGAGCCGUGCCCAGAUGAGAGGGGUGGAAACUCAUACACAGGCCUUGUAUGCUAGCACUUCAAUUUCAACUGGCAUGAAAGGAGCAACCAAAGCUAUGUCUGCUAUGAACAAGCAAAUGCAACCUGCAAAACAAACUAAAAUGAUCAGAGAAUUCCAGCAACAGGCAGCGCAGAUGGACAUGACCAUUGAAAUGAUGUCUGAUGCAAUUGACGAGACACUAGACAAAGACGAGGCUGAAGAAGAAACCGAAGAACUUACUAACCAGGUCCUUGAUGAGAUCGGUGUUGACAUUGCUUCACAGCUAUCUUCAGCUCCAAAGGGGCGUAUUGCAUCAAAGAAAGUCGAGAACGCUGCCCCAAGUGCUGCUGUGUCGACUGAUGAUGUCGAGGACCUCGAGAAAAGGCUGGCAUCUCUUCGACGAAUAUGAGUGAUGUAUAUAGUAUAGCUCUGCCAUAUCAUGUAUAUAAAUCACUAUAAUAUCAAAUUCUUGAGCAGGAUUAUAGAAAUUUUGCAGGAUUAGAGAAUUUUUACUACUUAUAUUUGAUGCCUUCUUGCUAUUCAAGAAUCGAGGAACUCUGUAUUAAUUCGCACCAUUUUCAAACAUCCCCCGGGUAAUUUGCAUGUGAAUUCCUAAACAUUUGCCA